CAGUGGGAGUACAGGUGGAGUUCUCCUCUAUCCCCUCAGUGGCAGCGAGGGAUACUGAGAGGACAGGGAAACCCAUCUGAUAAAUACGCGGCUGCGAGGUGGGUGCCACUGCAGAAGUUUUGCUUUUCCUGACCACGGGGUGCUUUAACUCGGCGCCAGGCUGAUGGCUGCAGGUGGGUCCUACCUGUCUGCAAGGGGGAUACGGAUCCCAGCCCUGGAGCUGGCAGGGCUCACUGAGAGGGUUUUAAGCUGGUAGCCCUUUGGGGAUGGCGUGUGACACUGAGGGGUGACAGUCACUAAUUAGUGAUCAGGGGCAAGUAAUACAAGAUGCGGAGAUGACAUCACAGCACUACAACCACAAGAGGAACUGACAGCAGCUCUCCAGCCACAUCCUGUGCCCACUGCAGUCUCGCUGUCCCCAGGCUGAUCCUGCCUCAUGGCACCAAUGGUGCUGGCCCUCAUCCUGGGUGAGUGACAAUGGGGACAUGGUGCCAUGGGGGUUGGUGGCCCUGUGUGAGACCAGGACCAUGUUCCUUGCAGGUUGGUGUCUGGUGGCAGCCAACAGAGCUCAGCAGCUGCCCCGACCCUCCCUGUCACUGCACCCCAGCCAGGGGGUGUCCCUGGGGGACAAUGUCACCCUGCGCUGCCACGUGUCCCAGACGGCUGCCCGGGUCUGGCUGUACAAGGAUGGACGUUUGACGUCUGAGAAGGACAUAGACAAGGAGCAGGAUACAGCUGAGUUCUCCUUGGUUGGCAUAAAGCAGGAAGAUGCAGUGAAGUAUUGGUGUCAAUACCAGAUACUGGAGCCACUGUGGACAUCGAAUAUGAGUGACCCCGUGGAGCUGAGGGUGACAGAUCCAAGAUACCCCCCUCCCCACAUUUUCCUGAGAGCUGAUGAACCCGUGGAGGAGGGGAUGAAUGUGACCAUCCAGUGCCAGAACCAGAAUUAUGGGGGCAUUAUCUUCCUGCACAAGGUCGGGCACUCAGCCCCUAUCCAGCACCAGGAGCCCAAUGGUGGGGGCACGGCCAACUUCACCCUUGUUGGAGUGACCCCAGCUGACGCAGGCACCUAUAGGUGCUCCUUCCGCGCUGGGGGCUGCUGCCUUCUGUUCUCACCCCUUGGGAACAAUGUAACGCUAGAGGUGACAAUGACUCACGCACCCUCAGGAACACCCAAACACCCGGACCUCACAGGUGACACUCGGGGACCCCAAUGGAACCCGGUAACAGCAGUAGCAGGGGGCUGUGCUGCUGCCAUCCUCUUCAUCCUCCUCCUCGUUGUCUCCUUUCUCCUCAUUGCCCGCAGACAACAGAUACAAAGAGAUGAGAGCCCAGGUGCCUCACCCAGAAGCCCCGAUGCCGUGCAGUUCCAGGUCAGUGUCUGGGUGCCCCCCGGUGACUGCGAGGGUCUGACCUACGCCGAGCUGCGAGCUGUGACCCCCAGCACCUGCACCCCCAGCCCCUCUGCCGCCCCUGAAUCCCCCAUUAUCUAUGCUGAGGUGGGCACUGGGCGACCCUGCUGAUGUCCCCACGUGUGCACAAACAUGUAUUCGUUGUGUGCACACGUACUUCAAGCAUGCGCAGUGCAGGUAUACUCCAUGUGUUCACCAUCACGUGUGAAUUACAUCCAUGUACCUGUGCAUGUGAACACAUCGAUGUGUAUUAAAUAUGUGUGCACCAUUACAUGUGCACAAAGGAUAUA